UGCCUGCUGCAACAAACAAAGGAGACAGACGAAGAAGAAUGUGAUCCAGGAGAAGAAGAAGGAGGAAGUGGUGUUUGAUUGUUUUUUUUCUAUUAGGUGUAUUGGCGACCAUUCUCUGACUUUUUUUUGGCUUAAAAUCACCAGCAAGAUCAACAAGAGUUCACGAUGAACCUGGAACGACUCCCAAACGAGGAGAAACUCAGCCUUUGCAGAAAAUACUAUUUAGCUGGAUUUGCGUUUCUCCCAUUCCUAUGGCUGGUCAAUGUUGUUUGGUUUUUCCGGGAGGCCUUUUUCAAGCCAACCUACACUGAGCAGCUCCAGAUAAAAGCUUAUGUGAAGCGGUCAGCACUGGGGUUGCUGUUAUGGGUAGCAGUGCUCACAACUUGGAUUACUAUUUUCCAGCACUUCAGAGCUGAGUGGGGGGAGGUGGGAGAUUAUCUCUCCUUUACGAUCCCACUGGGCAUUCCUUGAGACAUUUUUUGAUGACAGCUCUUUUGAAAAUAUCAGUUGAUCCUCUACAAUGGACCAAAGAAUUUUCUUUCUUUAACCACAGUGUAAGACAGGGGUGACUGGAGCUAGAUUAAAUGAUUGAAUAAAGUUUAACAGAGUAAUCCCCUAUGUCUUUAAAGGAUAACUGCUGUAGGAUUUGAAAAUUCAUUUUUUUGUAUUGCUUGCUGAGGCAUUUCAGAAAGUUCUUUGGUUUAACAGCAGGGUAAUUAAUCUUGUAUAGCAAGAGAUUUUAACUGUCAUGGCAGCAUCUAACAGUAACAAAUGAUGAAGCUGGAUGUGCUUUCAGGUUUGUUCAGGACAUAAACAAUAGAUUCAACAAGGUUUUUUUUUCUGUCUUGACUUAAAAUGUAAAUUGUUCCGGUGUGAUUGUGCUCCCAAAAAUAUUUUUACUUGUGUAUGAAUGACAAAUAAAAAAAAAAAAUCCACA